GAGACCUGUGGCAAUGCGUUCGGUUCUCCACAUGGACCGAAACCUUCGCGUAACGCAGAUAUUUCAGGAUACUCCGAAAGUAAUAUUCUUGCAAUAACAAGGGAGAAAUGCAGUCCGCAACCGAUGCCGACGAAGAGCUCACUGCAUUUGGCGACUCGGACAAGACGUCAGAGGACCUACGGUCCCCGCGAAGAGCACAGUCGUUCAAGAAGCCACGAGUGCCAGUUAAACGCCGCAGUGUGCGAGGUAUGCGGAAACUACAGAUACCGCCAGAUGAGGACGAGCUCGAUUACGAUACGGAUAGCGCGCUUAUCUCACCGAACGCGGGACGCUUCCCAACUGCGACAAGCUCGUCCCCACCCGCAAUACAGAGAAGUGCGACUAUUGGAAGCUUACAAUAUCUACGAGGCGUGGAACGGGAGCUCGAGCAGACUAGAAAUGAAAGGAGAAAGCUGGAAAAUGCGCUAAAGGAGUCGGAGUCCGUCGCGAAUUCAUACGCAGAGGACGCUGAGCGAUGGAAGAAGAAAUAUCGGGACGCGGACGACGAUUUGACUCGUUUGCGAGAGCAGCAAGAUACACAGGAGCUCCGGAUUCAACAGCUGCAGGAGAUGGUUGAUGUACUUCGGCGACAAGUGACACAAGCUGAUAAGGACAAGGCUGUGUUGCGCUCUGAAGCGAACAUAGCUGUCACAGCAUUGUCCAAGAUGAAGGGUGAGCGUUCAGAAACAGAACGGCAGCUUUCCACCCAACUUUCCACUGCAAAUGCCGCGAACACCGCAUUAAGAGCGGAACUCAAAGAAACUGAAUCUCUGUUUCAAGCCGCCAAGGUGGAAUAUGAACUGGCGACACGCACAUACGAGACAACCCAGCGGGCCCAUCUCGUCAUGAUCAAGACGCUGGAAAAAGAGCUGCAGGAGACCCGCCAGCGUACGCUCGACCAUGGCGCGAUCCAGCAACUUGUCCGUCGUUCGAGCCUGGAACUGUUGAAAAGAACCGAUCGUUUGCACGAGCGAUUUGAAAGCGGGACAGCCUCUUCCACAACUGAUAUCACUGAUCAGCUACUGUUGCAGCUAGCCGAGCAAAACAGGGCACUUCAAGAAGAGAUUGAAAUGCUGAGGGCUACGGACGUCGCAUUGCCGAGUGAGAAUAAUCUUAAUGGUGAGGGGCCCCAGGAUCGACCACCCUCACCUAUAAAAGGCGUUGCUUUUAUGGCGUCUCCACCAGCUAGUCCUGGUCAUCCUCCUGCAGUUACGAAGAAAGGCCCGAGAAUUCCAAGAAGAACCUCAAGCGUGUGCGAAUUAUUGGCUGUUAAAACCGCCAAGACUGCAAGGACAGAAGAUGGGAUGAAAUCAAAAAUGGGCACAUUAGCGGCCGAGUUAGCUCACCCACAAACUCCAAAUGACGGAGAAGUAGAACGCCUUCGGCAAGAGAAUAUGGCGCUAGUCAGCUAUCUGGUGGCAACAUUAGAUUCCCUCAGUAAGAUUCAAUAACGUUGAGCGAAUGCCUAUCAUUAAGAAUGGCUUCUCCUCUCAAUCUGUACAUAGUUUUUCCUUUAAAAGUGGAUUUGCACCUAUCUAGCUAUCUAGACGACAUAGCGCAUUAAUUACUAUUCCACCCUACCUGUAAACGUGAGAUCACCCUCCAAUAUUGAAUCCCCUUAUACUGAAAAGCA